UCACGAUUUCCUCCUAUGCCUACGUCUUCCCACCAUACAAGCACCCGAAUCUGAAACCCUCACGCUCUCUUGUGCACAACAUUCGUCCUGACUCUCAUGUAGUCACCCAAUUGACUUCCAAUCUUUCCACGGAUAUCAGCAUGGACGACCACCUGGACGCAGUGCACGCGUUGAAAAGACAGCUCGAACAAGCGAGGGUCCAACCCUCAGACACGCCAUCCUCUGAUAACUGGUCCGAUUUAUUCGAUGCUCACAUAGCGAACUUUGAGAAUCAUGAUAUCAUACUUAAUAAAGUGCUGUCGCUGCAUGCUAUUCCUCCCGGUGUUCGGCUUGAGUUGGUGGCGAUGUCUGUGAGCACGGAGCAGUCGCGACAGGCAGCAGUGAAAUUGAAGGGACUCCUGUUCUCAGUUCAAAACAUCACCAACCUUGCGUUUCCAGCACCUCCACAUCCCGAGCCGAGUACAGCACCUUUCGCCUGCUUGAUCAGAAUCAGCAAUCUAGCCAAUGAGAUCACUGCAGAAGACAUAGCCGUAAAGUUUGAAGGCUAUGGCGUAUCAAAUAUACGAUUCGUUCAAGAUGGAAGACGGUGCCGGUGCGCCAUCGUCUCCGUCCACUCUGGGAGAAUGCAGCAGCUUGCGUGCAGCGAGAUGAACGGAAAAAUAUUACGUGGCAGACAUCUCUUGGUAGAAGCUUUUGCUGAUGCCCCGAAAGAUAUUGAUUCAUCUUCUAUACCUCCAGAACACGCAAUCAGAGCCGAGGAUACCGUCAAGAGCUCAUCACGAAAGGCACAGACACAAAAGCCUAUCACAGGGCGAAUUCCAGGAAGCUUGCUCCCCAAUGAUGUCAGUAAUUUACUGCCACACACCCAGCGUCGUGCGAAUCCCAAUGGAAAAAGGAAGGCCGUUGAAGAGCUCACACAUCAAUCAUCUUCACCAAAUAAGCGGGUUCUACAGGCCACAGAGGCAGGCUACAAUGUGGCCGCAUCGAACGAGCCCAAUGUGCAGCCUGUCGAGUACGAAGACAUUACCGAAGAGGUCCAGCGCCGACUUCAAGCAAAAGAAGCCCAGCGACAACGUGACAAGGCCUCUAAGAUGAACCCCGCAGGCCGGAAGCGACUGCGCGAAUCGUUUGAAUCCAUCGAGUACCUCCAAAAUGCCGAAGCGUCUCCUGAAUCUAAACGAUAUCGCGAUAUAUCUGACGUGUCUGACAUCAAUGACAUGCUUCGGAACAUAACUCCAUUGGCUGCUGGUUCAUCGGGCGAAAUCAACAGUACUGCAAAUGCUGGACAAGUCAUAGUUCACAGACGAGGGGGUGGAUUCACGACAAACUUUCUGGGGGAUCAAUACGACCGCAUGACACCCACGGAGCUAGAGAUUGUGAAAUCAGAGUCGGAGAGCGUCGAUAGUCAAGUGCGUACGAUCCAGGACUAUACCCCCAGUGAGAGCGUUGUGCUUCGAAUCGGAAAUCUCGAUUGGGUGACCACUGAGGGCGACUUGGAGGUACUUUUCAAAGGGUUCGAUGUUACGUCCAUUUCUAUACCUAUUGAGAGGUCUGGUCGUCACCCUGGGCACGGAUUUGUGAACAUGUCCAAUAGCUUGGAGGCUGAAAGAGCCAUUUCUGAGCUCUAUGGAGAAGACCUCUUCGACCGCAAAGUGACAGUUGAGCUGAUGCAAAAUGACGACCACAAGAGCAGAUAUAAAUUGGAGCACCGGGGGAAGACUUAUCGCAUGGACACAUCAGAAACGUCUCAGCCAGUGUGCCAUGACGGAAAAUGGAUGUUUCUCAAAUCGGACGCUACUUACUGAUGUCUGCAAUAAAACGCCUUUGAGUCCACACCUCAGAGUCCUUCUUUCUUUGGAUUUUUAUGAAAGCUCACAGCAGCUUGCAUUAUGAACCGCUUACGUCGUCCCUUCGUCUAAUACUAGCACUUACCGAUUCUCUCGGCGCUACAUGGUAGCAAAAUUCUGUAAAUAAGAAGAAAAGCUCUUAAUAUGAGAUGAUCCCC